AGAUGAAAGGGGAAACCUUAUAAUAAGGCAUCGUUGGUACGUAGCCUACAGUCCCACCCAAGCAUAGAGAAACAAACAUGGCUGAUACAGAGACAGCCGAGGAAUCUUCUUCAGGAAUUUUGCAAGAAAUGUUCACGUCCCCGUUGAAUUUGAGUCUGCUUGGCCUAUGCAUAUUUAUUUUACUCAGAAUCUUCUGCGGAGACAAGCCUGCAGACAAGGGCGAGGUUGAGGAACCUCUGCCUAAACUCAAGAACAGAGAUUUCACUUUAGCGGAGCUGCAACCGUACGAUGGGCUUCAAAAUCGAAGAAUUCUCAUGGCUGUCAAUUCAAAGGUGUUUGAUGUAACCACAGGAAAGAAAUUAUACGGGCCAGUGGGUCCAUAUGGAUUGUUGGCUGGUAAAGAUGCCUCCAGGGGCCUGGCCACUUUCUGUCUGGAGAAGGAGGCCCUGAAAGACACACACGAUGACCUCUCGGACCUCAAUGCCAUGCAACAGGAGAGCCUCAAUGAAUGGGAGACCCAGUUCACCCAAAAGUAUGACUAUGUUGGCAAACUUCUGAAACCUGGAGAGGAACCCUCUGAGUACACUGAUGACGAGGAGGUCAAGGACAAAAAUAAGGACUAGAACUCACAAGUGCACACAGGAAAUUCAGAUGCUUUAAUUAUUUUGGAUCAUGUGAUCCAUAUUGGCUUGUGGUGCGGCCAUUGAGCGAAAUGCUUUCUCCUGGAUGGCUUUUGCAUUAUAUCAUUGUCAUGGACCAUCACCUCUUAUGCUAUGUUUAAUAUGCCACAGACCUUAAAGCCGCAAUCAGCAGUUGAAACAAUAACAAAGCAUUAUCAAGCCCCUGUUUAGGUAAAAAAGAAUCUGGAUGCAGCGACUGACCAUCCAUGAUAUUAAAUUAUAGUUUUAACUAUG